GUUGUACACGGACGCAAUAUGAGGCUGUACAAUAAGUCGCUGCGGGGAGUGUGGGUUUGUUUGGUUUAUAUGGCGGCGCCCAGUCGAGUCAUGUUGAAUUAUGUCCGACUGACUUUAUUCUUGCUAGUAUGAAAUUGUAGAAUGACAUGCAUUAACUAAACGUGGAAUCAAGUUCGUAAACUUCAAAAGAACUGGACAGUGAAAUAUGGGAUCCCGAUGCUGCUGCUGGUUGUGGGAGGGUCGUUUGGAUUGAGAGAAUUCACUCAGAUUAGAUAUGAUGCGCAGAAGAUAAAAAAGAAGCUUGACCCUACACUGGAAGCCCGGGUGAACACUAAAAAACAGUUGGCCAUCCUUCAGGAUGAGUAUGAGAAAUUAAAGGAUUUGGACUUGGAUGUAUGGAAGAACAUUCGUGGCCCACGUCCCUGGGAGGAUUCGAAGGAGUACCAGGAGGAGCAGCUAGCUCGACUCAAUAAAGGCACAUAGAACUCUAAAACCUUAAACUCCCCCCUGCUGGCCCACAGAUGUAAGACGCCCAUAAAAACUGCAGUGUACCAUGGUUGUCACUGUAUAGUAAAUCAGCACGAUCACAUUAUAUCUAGAUCAGAAACGACCAAAUUGGACUCUACUGUCUGGCGUUUGGAAUGCCACUUUGUUGUCUUUUUUGGAAAUAUAUGUCCUUGUGCACUUGUGUGGCUGGGUAUGUGUGUAGCGGACUCUCUGUCUGUACACUUUGGUGCUCCUAUAUUUUUAUGGCAUCAGGAAGGUUGUAACCAUAUGUCAGUUCACAUUCACAGUAAUGCAUAACUCAAGCCCCAGAGCUGCAUCUGAGAGAAUAAAACCCCUUGCUCUUUCAGUGGUGCAAACAGAACCAAUGGUGCCUGUGCACAUGAUGGGUGAAUGGUACAGUCUAAAGGCAGUAGGCAUGAAUGACGUUCUGUACACCUGUGCUGGAUCAGCGUACUGCUCACUGUACAUCUCAUUCCAGCAAGCAUGUCGUGGAGUGUGUAGAAUAUGAUGAUCAGCAGUUUGGACAUUAUUAUCUUUUCUGCAACAACCUCCGGAAGUCCAGGGCCAUGCUUUCUUGAUGAGCUUAUUUAGGCCGUUGGUCUCUAGCAGUGUCUCUCUGGGUCCUUGAGUGAGUGAAAAGCUAAUAAUUUAAUUGAAUGCAAAAUAUACAUAAAUGUGGCUGCACAAUUAAUCAAAAUAAA